AUGGCCCCUCUCGUCGCCUCCAGGCUUCCCUACCGAGACAUCAACGUGAGGGUCACAAACGACGCAUAUACCUUCACCUCACCCUCGUCUCCCGAUGCGCCCGCCCUGCUCAUCGACCGUCCCACCGGCGACGUCCAUCUCGCCGACGCCGCCCUGCAUGCCGGGAAGCGCGCCACAAGAGUCUCGAGCAUCUCUGGCAUCAUCGGCAUCAUCCAGCUCAGACUAGACAAGUAUGUCGUCGUCAUCAGCAAGGCCCAGCCCAUGGGCCGUCUUAAGGGCCACAUGGUCUACAAGGUCGUCGCCGCCGAGAUCCUUCCCAUGCGCGAGCGCCAGAUCCACGACCCGGACGAGGACACCUUCAUCAACCUCCUCACCACCUUCCUCCAGCAAGGCCCCAUGUACUUUUCCUACUCGGUCGACCUCACCAACUCGCUCCAGCGCCAAUCCCAAGCCGACACCUCCAGCCCGCUCUGGAUGAGGGCCGACGACCGCUUCUUCUUCAACAAGUACCUGCAGUCCCAUCUCAUCGACUUCCGCAGACGAGGCUCCAGGAGCCAGCCCGGCUCCCAGCCCGGCAUCGACCCCUACAUUCUGCCGUGCAUCUUCGGCAUGCUCGAGAUCCGGCCCACAAAGUUCAACAACACCCCACUAACCCUCGCCUUGAUCUCGCGUAGGUCGCGUUAUCGCGGUGGGACGAGAUACUUUACUCGCGGCGUCGAUGAGGACGGCCACGUGGCAAACUACAACGAGACGGAGCAAAUCAUCAUCCUCAACGACACUAGCACUGGCCUCGGUGGCUAUGCCGGCAGCUCCGACAUGCAGAGCGGCAAGUUUGGCUCCUCGACCGGCAAAGACAUGCAGACCAUGUCCUAUGUCCAGACCCGAGGCAGUGUCCCGACCUAUUGGUCCGAGGUCAACAGCCUGCGCUACGUCCCCAAGCUCCAGGUCCGCAGCACCGAGUCGGCCCUGGCGGCUGCGCAGAAGCACUUUGACGAGCAAAUCCGUCUCUACGGCGACAACUACCUCAUCAACCUCGUCAACCAGAAGGGACGGGAGUGCAGGGUAAAAGAGUCAUACGAGCAAAUGGCCGAGAUGCUCGUCUCGGGGCCCAAGGAGAGGCGCGAAGCCGACAAGCUCACCGACGAGAAGUUUACCACCAUUCAGCCCGGGUCCAAGCGACGGGAGUUUGACCGGCUGCACUACAUCUACUUUGACUACCACAACGAAACCAAGGGCAUGAAGAUGCACAAGGCGUACGCGCUUGUCGAGAAGCUUCGCGAUGCCCUUGCCGCCCAGGGCUACUUCCGCGGCGUCGACACACCGGCCGCCAUCGACGGCAGAAUCGACGUCCGCGGCCUCCAGACAAGCGUCAUGCGCGUCAACUGCAUGGACUGCCUCGACCGGACCAACGUCGUCCAGAGCAUGUUUGCGCGUCACAUGCUCGACCGCAUCUUUGAAGACGUCGGCCUCAUGUCGCGCGGGGCCAGCUUCCGCGACGUGGAUCCGGCCUUUGAGCACAUAUUUCGCAACAUAUGGGCCGACAAUGCCGACGUCGUGUCCUCGUCGUACGCCGGAACAGGUGCCAUGAAGACGGACGUGACGCGCACCGGGGCGCGGACCAAGAUGGGCGCCCUUCAGGACGCGCGCAUCGGCCUCACGAGGUACUUUCUCAACAACUUCCGGGAUGGCCCGCGCCAGGACUCGUACGACCUGUUCCUGGGGGCCUACCAACCGGGCGCGUCCACCAUCGGCACCAGCCUCGUCUUCGUGGACAGGCGCCCGCUUCUCAUCCAGUCCAUCCCCUACGUCUUGGCCUUUAGCCUCUUCAUCGUCCUUGUGGGCAUCUUUACCAAGCGCGACUCGGACGCGAGGGUGCUGCCCAUGCGGCUCUUCAUCUUGUUUUGGACGGCCGUUGCUGCGUGGUGCUUCCAUUUCAUCUGGACCCACGGCAUGCUCUAUGUGAACUGGCCCCGCCUCAACCCCAGACCCUUUGCCGUCGACGGCUACGGCGAACACUUUUCAAAGGCGCGCAAGGACGCCCUCAUCGGGCCGCUCGUCACGCGGCACGAGCGUGGGCUGAGCGCGGCAAGGUACAUGAAUGCCGAGGAGGGCAAGAAGAGGAUUGAAUAG